CAUUACCAAAUAGCUAAUACGAAUUGUAUGUAGCCCAUUCCAUUAGAAAAUGAAUUUCCUUACAGCAAGACAUAUUUCGGACUUUGAGAAGAGGUCUUCUCUGUUUAUCAACAACUCAAAGCGAAUUUCGUUGAUCCCAUUAAUAAGCAUAUGAUAUUUGAUACAUGUGCAAAUUUCACGUCCAUAUAAAUAGAUUUUUGUUUGAAAUGAGUAUUAAUAUGUGGAAUGAUGUUAUGUGACUAGGCUACGAGCUAAUUCUUGACAAUAUAUUGAUUAAAUUUGCAGGAAGCUUUGAGGUUUCGAAUCAAACCAAAAUUUCACACCUUUUUAAAAUGAUCAAAUCCCUAGUUGUACUUGUACCAUACGUGGCAAUUACCCGACAAAUUAUGUCGACACGGACCAAUUAACCGGACAAAGUAAACAAUCACAAAUUACUACAUACACACACCCAUGACUCAACGUACAUUAACCGUCCAAAUUUCCAUGAGCUGGUCGAUGUUACAUUUUGUUCCUUCCUACACUCUCAACAAUAAUAACUUCUUCUUAUUUUUUUUCUAUGGUUUUAACUUUUAACUCAAACAUUUCCUAUAUAUACACGUACAUUAAAAACGUGCAAAAUCUAUCUCCUGAACACACAUAUAAUCCCAGUACCACCACAAGUUAAACCUUAUAAAGAAUCGACAAUGGGUAAAAAAGCACCAGCAAUUGUUACGACCAACUUCUUGUUCACCAUACCAAUUUUUCUAAUGAUUAGCGUUACCUUUUCGCUGCCCACCCCGACAGUUCGUGAGAUUAAUGCAGUUGCUAACAUAAGCGGUGAUCGUCGUCGGGGAGCGAUUGUAGACUCUGCCGGCGAUAAGGCUGGUGGUGGUGGUGCUACGGCUGGUACAUUCGACGCCGAGAAACUAGCUUCGCGCUCAGGAAGCAUCGUUGUUGAUCAUGAUCAUCGUUAUCCUGUUGCUGGCUUAAGCUUUAGGUUCCGUACCGGUGGCCAUGGUGGUGGUGGCGCCAGCAGCGUUGAUGGUGGCCGCGACAGUGAAAGCACUAGUACUACUCCCAACCAUUCUAAGAAAAAUGGGCGUUUAUUAGAGACAAAGAAAAGAGAAGUCUGAUGCGUAUAUAAUUUAUCUUUAGAGGCUUAUCGUGUUAAGUAUUAUAGUUGUCAUGGUAAUUAAGUUAGUAAUCCAUAAGAUUUCCUUAUUACUACAUUUUACAAAUGCUCAUAAGCAUUGGUGCUUUCAGUUACAAAUUCAAUUUGUACCACAAUGUUAAAGUUACGAAUUUAGUUUGUAUUAUAAAAGAAUUUUCUAUGAAAAGUUUAGAUACAAAUUGAAUUUGUAUAAUGAAAUCAAAGUACAUGU